GAAUUCGUAAGUUGAAUGAGCAUAAAGCCGAGUUUUGAUUCAGUUGUGUCUUAUUUGCGACGAUAUGGAUGUUGUUUUUUCUUCAGGUAGUUGAGGAGCGGAAAUUUGUAGGUUUAGAAGCGGAAGGAACUUCCUCAGUAGACUGAUUUGCAAACUACGAAGAUCUCCUGGUGGGGGCGACAAACAUAUGAAGAUUAAGAGCGGCAACAUUUGAACGAGCAUGUAAACAGCCGCAAAGUAUUAACGAUGAAAGAAAGAAAACAAAUACCCACUCAUGUUAAAUACCCACUCAUGUUAAAGUCAAUGUGUAAAAACAAAAAGUACGAGAUCUUCUUCUGGCGACAUAAAUAAAAUUGUGCUAAUACGACACACGAAAAAAUCUUCUUUCACACGACACACUCACGACAAAUAAAAUUCCUGCACGCUCUCACGACGAGGAUGGAUGAGUUGUUCAGUGUGGGAGGACUUUGGAACAUCACAAUACCCACUGUGAUUUUUUGUUGAUGCGAGAAGUGUACUAAGGCCAGGUAGCUGCUCUUCGCACGAAAAAAGUCGGAAUGCGGGGCUCCCGCGGACAACAAGAGAGCGCAGGCGGCGAAACGCCGGGUGGAAGCGCCGGGAACGAUGCAGACCCUUCUCUCGGCGGAAGAUCUUCAGGUUUACUUCAGAAUGAAGAUCCGAAUGAACAAGAUGAGAAGAUCUUGUGGUCGGAGGCGGACAUUUCUUACAUGGAGCAGUGGCUCAACGACGCGGAGAAGAGGCAGCUCCGGAAGAAGAUACAUGUGAUUAAGGAGUGCAAGGGAAAGUGUCGCACCUUGCAAACUAUCCAAUGCAUCAAAUAGGUCUGGGUUCUGGAAGACGAGUGCGAGAUCUGUCAUGCAGCUUUUGCUUGACCAAAGUCCGAUCGGGCAUGCAAACUCUAGCAUCACAGAUUUUGUUGAGCAGGUACUUACCCCACUGCCUAAUCCGCAUGACAAAUCCACUGUUUCGGUAAAAUAAGAACUGGGGCCUUUUGCUAGCCAUGCAUGACAGAUUUUGUCAUGGUGUAGACUUCUGCAAAUCGCAAAUCUGAAUUUUUCCAGAACUAGACACAUUAUAUAUUUGCAAUGCAUACAACCCAUGGUAGACACUCAGGGGAAAGGAGAGCCCCUGGUGGAAGAGACGGGUCAAGGCUUGGAAUAUGUGACGCGGCGACGGCAGAUUCUGGAGUACUGUGAGGAGCAAAAUACGGGGGUCCGUAACUUGAAGGGCGCUGCAGCAUCGAGACAAGCGGAAGCGCGGAGAGAAGAGGAACGGCAACAGCAACGGAGGAAAGGCGCGCUGCCGGUGCAGCACCGCGGAGACGGACCACCCGGACCGCAAGUAGAAAGGCCGUUACUCCAAACUUAUUCACCGCAAAAGUAUAAUAAAUCGUGUAGUCUACUUACUACUCGUAUAUGAAAAGAUUCUUGCUGAAGUAGAUGUCUUGCAUGACAUUACCAUUAGAUCUAGCAAAUCUUAUCGGAAUUAUCCGCAUGACAAAUUUUCACCGCUGUUCGUGAGAAAAUUUAUCAUGCAAAAUAAAUGUGUACGACUACGUCUACAACGCUUUUGCACCAAUGCAUAAAACUUUACUUGAGGAACAAUAUCAAGAAGCUCCAGCGAUCGACGAGAGUCGGCACGCUGCGACACGGGUAGAAGUACCGGCGAAAAUGAAUCCCACUGGUGCCGUCCAGGUGUUGGACUUCGGCUGCAAGGAGCCGUCUGCGUCGAGUGCCACUGCUUCGGGUUGUAACAUCUUCCAGCAGCAACCUUCCAGCAGUAGUUCUCGACCACCAGUAGCUUGUUCGUCUGUGACAGCACUAAAACCCGGUGGGGGACCACUCGGGAAACCAGAACAGUUGUUGAUGUCGCGGCCCAUACAAUGUACCAGUGAUGAAGUAGUGUUUUCAAAAUCAAAAUUUGGAGAGCGAGAUGCUUGCUUUCGUUUUCUAGCGGAAUGUUUUAUUUCUGACCCAUUCAAUUGCAUACAAAUGGCAUAUGUUUUCGUUUUCUUCGCAUGGAUGUCGGUUUUUCAAAUAAACGUCGUCGGCGCUACUUUUCAGGUUCCGACGAAUUUACUCAAGAUUUACUCGACCGAAUUUGUGCCGAUCAUCGCGAUUGUUCCAAAGAAGUCCGUCUGGGGCUGUGGAACAAAAACCCGACUCCACCGAGGCCAACGGGUCAGGACACGACUGCACUUCUUGUUCCCGAAACGAUGAACAACAGGGCAACACUUCGAAACCCCGCUGGGCAAGAACAUCCACUUGCACAGAACGCUGAAAAUAAGGUCGUGCAGCACGACGACGACCACGUUGAUAGCGAGAGUGUCUACUUCGAGCGGCCGCCCGAUAAUUGGAGGUCGAGGUCUGGGUCUUGGAUGCCGGACGAGGAGGUCAACUCUGCUUCACCAAAGAACGAAAUCUACGUUGGCCCAGAUCUACUUGCUUCUAGCAGUAGUGGCAGCUGCAAGAACAUGUUGCCGAGUGGACAAAAGUCCCCUUCUGCUUUUGAGGGCCUAGGCGCACGACCCGAGUUGGGCGACGGGGAGGACAGCAGCAGUAUUUUGGAAGAAGAGGAAGAUGUGUGCGCUGUGGCGCGGAACCCCCUCUGCCAUCUGCUAGCGGACGAUGAAAGCAGUUGGAGAGAAGUGCUACCAAACUGCAUCAACCGUCGUGCCAGGAAUUGGCUCGGUAAAAUUUAUUUGUGUCGAGGAUCUUCACUUUUGAAUGAUGAUGUUCGUCCGCCUGCGCACUGUAUGUUAUGACUGAGGUUGAGUCAUUUGAGUCGUGAAAAUGUAGUGGCAUAUGAAAUUUAGAGGACAAUUUUACUUAUUUUGGUUGGAACAAUGGAAGAACAAGCAAGUGCCUACCAAUUUUGCCGACUGCCUAGCGUGGCACGCUCGCAGACCAUAACUGUUGGUGCACGACGAUUUCUCGAGAAGCUACUGCAACCUGCAGCGGGAACGCCUCGACCAAUCGGACGUCGACGCUUACACCAACCGCAUUGCGCUCAUCCUGCGCGUGACCGGGCACAUCGACGCAGGUGGUGGUAUCAUCGGCCCGGCCGAGGGGGCCCAGACCACCCGGAAUGCAGCACGGAACUUUUUGGCGUACUCGGUGCCUCUCAACACCAGGGCCGACGACCUGCCAUCACUUGCAGGAGCUUCAGCACAAGGAACUUCAUCUUGUGAUGUGCCUUUGGCUUUACCGCCGCCGAGCACAGAUUUGACUGAUACGCUACGCGAUUUCUUAUCAACGAGUUUGCAAUUUUCAUCCGAUAAAAGUUCUCUGGCGGAGGAAGUUGACGUUGAGGACUCAAUUUCUGCUGAAGGAUCAUAUGCAUUGCAAAUAUGUCCUCUGGGUUGUCUCCUGCUGGUGCUGGAAGACUGCGAGAUUUGUUUGUCAUGCUAGUCUGACAUGCCGCUGCAAUUUGUAUUGCAUGGCCACCAGCAGUCUCUCUUGCCUGUCAUGCAAGAACGCAGUUUCUCAUGCGAAAUUCGUAGCGCAGCAGCACGACGAAACUUGUCAUGCCUGGCGGCGCAUUGCAGUGCAUUUAUGUUUCACAGACUUUCAUCACAAGUUGAAGUUGAAGUUUGAGUUUCCAGCAGACGCAGACAUAUUUGCAACGCAUAAAAGAAGUAGUUCAUCUUUCGGGUCUUUCGCCCCGGACCACGCACUGCUUGUGUACAUUCCGCAAGCGGAACUGAGUCGCGCUUCGGAACAGGCGUUACCACUGAAGAAGCCGAACUUCGAACAUUCCGCAUUUGCGAUCCUGAAUGAAGUUACGAAGCAGGUAGAAGAAUAAAUACAUAGCAGACGUCUCUAGUACUUCUCUAUCUCUUUAUGUUUGCAAGAAGAAUUGCAUACUUGCAGCCCGAAAAUUAUCAAUCUCCGAAAAUUCUAGAAAAAAAGCUUUCAAAUUCAACUUCGACUACAUCGGAGAUCGAUUGCCGAAAUCGAAUGACAAUAAUAAAACUCUACCGUAGUUGCAGACCGCAGAUAUUGGGACGACGAACAAGGACUUGAAGCAGAAAACCACCAACGGCGGCGUAGGUCUGCUGUGCCUCCUGGCCCACUCCGCGCAGGAGGAACGGCACUGCUUGGAGCUGAAAAUCCGGCCACGCGAGGCGACGCUGCAAUCGUGGCUAGACGGCAAGCCGGAUGCUCGGCGUGACGAAAUGUUGUCGAGGACCACCUGCGCAAAACUCGCUGGUGCAACCAAAACCGAGACCUUCUUCCUGAAGCAGCAGAUUGAGGCAAAAACAAUCGUCGAGACCCGAGCGCGCGGGUUGGGAGAUGUCCUGUCUUGGUGUGGGCAGGACAAGAACUUCGGCGACCACUACGAAAUGAGCUUGGUGGCAAAUGCGUUACCACCAGCAGAGGCAACCACGAGUGGACCACCGGUGGACUUGCUCGACUUAGAGCCCCUUUCUGCUCCCGGAUUCUUUCUCAUUGCGUUCACGCAAGUUUCGACCCAAAACGGUCGCUCCGAGGUCCUUCGUGAUUUCCAUCUCCCGCCCGCAUGCAGGUACAUAGUUCUUAAUCGGACUUUGUGUUUGUCGAACUGUUCUACACGAACAAAUUGAAGAUGAAAUGCUGAAAAAUUGAAAUGGUGCAGCUUCCCGAUGUAGUUUUGCAGAAAUAACCAGUUGUUGAAACCCAGAGCUGCUGCAACUUUAUCAUUUCUUCUUGCACGACGACCUGGCGUCGCAGUUUUUGUUGUCGCAAAAUGUGUUUAAAUUUCUUCACCAGAUCGCUGUACCUCUACCGGUGGGCAGAAAAGCGUGUGGCGUGGGGAAAGUGCGAUGGCGCGGCGUGCUCGUUGCAACGGCAGAACCUGGGGUGUAACGUUAUUACCGUCAAAGAGGACCGGACGGAAAUGGGUCGGGAUGGCAAAACGCGUACCGUCGAGAAGCAGUUCUGCAGCUUCUGUCGUGGCGAAAACCUGCAUUUACCGAAAAAGGCGAUCAUUCGCUCCGGUUACAAACUGGAUCUCGGCUUCGGAUUGUACUACGGAGUUUAUCGUUGAUAUUGUGUGCAAUUUUAUCUAAACAUCACAUAUCGAAUUCGAGUUUGUGUUCUUGUUUCAUGUUUCGGCGCGUGCCUCGCGAAGGAUAUUUGCACGAUCAAUCGUAAGCAGAUGACUUUUUGAUGUCACUAUCGAAUAAUGUCAAAACAGGACUCCGUUGACGAGCGCAACGGCGCCUAGCAGCAGAGCCCGGGGUCACCAAGUAGGGCCCGGAGCACAACCGUCGUCCUCGUCGGCUGCACCGCCGGCGGUGCAGUAUCCGGAUUUCAUCACCUAUGGUGCCACUGGCAGUCCGCUCUCGGAGGCAGCUCUCGACGACGGGGGCCACGGUAGUGGUAGGAGUCCACCUCCCAGCGGGUUGAAGGUCAGGUGGGGCCCUGGAUCUACUUCGAACAACAAGGGCGUCGUCCACAUCACGGCGGUAUCAAGGGCAAAAAUGUCUGGGUCUGGAAGAGUUGGAACUUGUGAUGCAAACUCUGGAACACACAAAAAUUUGUGUUGCAUGAGCGCCAAAAGCUGUCCAUUUCUUGGUACGCAAGUAGAAAGUUUCUCAUGCGGGACAGGCGUCACGAGGCGUGCUCAAAACCUGUGAUGCUUUUGCCUGCACCAGACGCCAUUUGCGCGAUCCGAAAUAUGCAUGACAAAUCUAGAAAUCUUCCAGACCGAGACACUUUUGCAUUGGAUAGGCGGCCUCUUGUGAUGUGUCCAGGGAGAACGUGGAGGACGUGCUGCAACACGUUGAGACCCAGUUGCGGUAUGAACUGCAAAUAUGUCUGGGUCUGGAAGAAUGCAAACUUGUCAUGCUCGGCCGACAAUGCACAAGAGUCUGUCAUGCUUGUUGUGCUACAGUGCCACUUCUUUGCCAUGCAAAAAGGCAAUUUGGCACGCGAUUAACGCUAGACGUAGCCAACCAGAAACUUGUCAUGCGCGGCUCCGCAAUACAGUUUGCGUAUCAUUCGGACAUCAGCAUGACAAGUUUCCAGACCCAGACAUAUUUGCAAUGCAUAUGUGGUCGAUCGGAGCGAUUCUCCCGGGAGGUGAGGAAGCUUCAUCCACCGGGGAUCAAACUACAAGUGCCUGGCAACCUGCGACGACGAGAAACUUCGAGGUGGUGGAUUUCGAUUUCUCAAACAACCGACAACUUGAUUGCUACUGCACCCGGAUGCUCACGAAUUGGCUUCAGUACCACGAGCUCAUGCCGCGCUCUUUGAAGCUGUUCAAGUGCAGUCUGGGAAACCGGGGCGCCAAUGUGAUUGCCUCGUACUUAAUUUUAUACUUACUAGAUAAACUACUUACAACCAAAUAAUAGAUCUCGUACUUCCACCUUUACUGCUGCUUCAGUUCCUCGGUUGUUUCCGUCGGCAGUGAUAGCAGUCUUUAUUCCGUUUGAUUGAUGUUUCUUCGAACAAUUUCUUCUACUUCCAAACUGAAACUAUUGCUCGUCCGCUAUUUUUCUCCACAUAAGAUAAUUCAAAAUCAAAUUCUGUCAUUGCGAAAAAUUUUUGUCCAGGUUUUUACGGAAUUUCAAACGGUUUUUACUGGGCGCGCGGAUGGACGCAGGUGACACGUACCCAUGGGUGAUGGAGGAACUGCACUUGUCCGAUAACUACAUCGAAAACGCGGGCAUUGCGCCACUCAUCAAGUUUCUCAGCGACGAGACCACCGAGAAAUUGUUACGACAGUGCACUAUUCCCCCUCACCCUCAUUUGUCAUGCAAAAUCCCAACUUUACCUUCGGCCUGUUAGCACUUUUUGCAUGACAGACUCCACAAGCCACAACAGCCCUGCAAUCCUCUUGGAAUUUGUCAUGCAAAAGCUGCAUCUUUGCCAGCGCUUGUGUUGCUGUUCAUGCAACACGAAUGAGGGGGAGGGGGAGUUGUGCACUCUCAUAAUUGUACCCGCGCGUGUACGAGCCGUCGGUUGGCGACAGAAAACAAAUGAUUGCGGAGCUUCAGGACAGAGGUACUUGCUUUAUAAAGUAAGUUGUAAACUUCAACUUCUCGCCCUGCGAUACUAAAUUGAUGACUAACUAAACAAAAGUCUACAUUAUACCACGCGUCCGCUCAACAUUCUCUUCUCGUCAGGCCUUCCUUUUUUUUGCCUCCCUCCUCGCUACGAAGAAGACGCGAAAAACGCGACGUGCAUAGAAAUUUCAGCAAUAAAUUCAGUAGACAUUCAUUCUUGGCUGGUGCCCAAUUUGAUGCGGAUGUGAAGAAGUAGACCCUUUGUUUUGUUGUAAUUACUUCUCAACACGCAAGGCUUGUCCAGAGUAAAUUCCAAGCUCCGAGGCACAACUUGAAAUGCUUCACCGUAAGUACGACAAACUACCAGGUUACGAUAGCGAGGAGCACAGAUUCACCUACGGGAUGCGCAUUAUCAAAAUGUUGAAAAAAUCCUCCCUCCCCGUACUCAAACUCAAAAUGGAAUACUGGUGUGCGCACAUUGUGCGUCAGAAGCUCACCCAUUUUGAAUACUACCGGGAGGGUGGAUUUUUCUUUACGAUACACUUUUGCCGCCCGCUUAUCAAAUGCAAGCAUGUUGUCUUGUUUCGAUCUGGGUCUAAACUUGUGAGAAUGCUUGCUUGCAACUGCAGUUUCGUGAUGCUUUCAUCGAGUGUACCUAAGCUUGACUUGUCUUGUGUGUAGCUUGCGGCAUUUUUAUUGGAUGGCAAAAUACGUCGCGCUCGCGCUUUGUUUGCGAGUCAUAGUACAUAACAGGUUCUCGUUCAUGAAUGCCAGACACACAAUACAAGAGCAUUUUUUAUUGUUCCCGACCAAGACUACAUAUUUGCGAUGCAUACCGCUGUGGGUUCGCCUCGAUCGCAACCUUUUGGACGUGCCGAAGUUGGUGCUUGUCGAGGGUAUGUCGGUGUGUGAUCUGCAAAAACACAGGUGGAGCCAGCUGCGCGGUAAAAAGUUCCGUUUCCUGGCCAUUGCCCUAUCCCGUGCAGAAAGAAACAUCUCGUCCACGACGACUCAAGAGUCAAGCUGCGAAUGCUGCAACAUCGAACUGCGAAGAAAUAUAGUUAUGCCGAAGUUUUGGAAGUCACGCAUGACAAGAUCUCAUCUGUAGUGUAGCACAUGCGCGCAAAAACAGCUUGAAGAAAAUCUUCAUGACAACUCUGGGGUGUCUGUGGGCACCAGCUCCGGUUUUUUUUUACACAGGAUACGCGGGGGAGAAAAAUUACCAGACGUACCCGGUUUUCCGGGACGAGUGUGCCGCAGAAUUGUACCCAGCGGCCCACUUCAGCCAUAUCUAUAAGCAAUGGGCACGCACGGCGACGAGAGGCCAGUACAAGCAGACCAACCAGUCUCCCUUCGAAAACGACGACUCUGGGUGGAAUUCCUACGGGUACGGGGGCUCCAGCUGGGAUAUCAGAAUGAAAAAUCCCCCCUCCCCAUAUCAAAACUGAAAUAUGUGAUGCAGAUUUGUGGUCACAAAUCAGCUUUGUCAUGCUAGAAGGCAAAAGAUGCGGACUGUACUGCUGCCUAGCGUGGGAAAGCCUUGCAGCUCCAGGAUGACAGGAGGCAACUGGAAGUGGGAAACAGCAUGACAGAUUACCUGCAAUCUAGGCCGCAGAUUCGUCUCUUGGCCUUCUCGCAAUACAAGUCGAUUUGUGUACUCAAAUACAGCAUCACAAAUUUGCGCAUCUUCCGUUUCCGAUAUGGGGAGGGGGGAUUUUUCCUUUUGAUAUGGGAGAAAAAGUCAGGAGGUAGUCCGUCCCCGAAAUGGUGGAAGAAAUAAGACUAUCAAGUGUAAAAAUGUCUGGGUCUGGAAACUUGUGAUGCUGGGCGGCGUAUCAUGAGGAAGCCGUAAGUGCUGGCUCAGCAUGACAAGCUUUUGAGCUUCUAGGUGUUGCCUAUUCUGCAUGACAAACUGCGUUUCUGCAUGACAGCAAAAUGGGGCUCUUGGGUAAUGUGCAUGACAGAUUUAAGAGUCAUGCCAGACUAGCAUGACAGAGCUCGCAUUCUUCCAGACCCAGACAUUUUUGCAUUUGAUAAAGACGUCGCCGUGCCGUACCAUUGAACAACUCGAGAACUACCUCCGACAGCGACACAAAAGUAGACGUGGGGAAAAAAGAGAUCUGAGAAGGUAAGUAAGUACUUUGAGCCGCUUGACAACAGCAGUAUACUACGACCACCGACUAGUUUGAAUCUAGACAAACUGACGCAAGCAUAAAAAGCUUCCGCGGAACAACUUUGAUGACUACAUGAAUGCACUGUGAGACAAGCUAGAAACUUCCUCUUCGGCAAUGCAAUUUUUGCGUCUUCCCUAGACGUAAAAAACUAUUGGCAGCAUAUGACGUAAAAAACUAUUGGCAGCAUAUGACGUAAAAAACUAUUGGCAGCAUAUGUAAAAAACUCAAGAUUGGCAGCAUAUGUAAAAAAACUACUGGCAGCAUAUGUAAAUUCUGCAAAUCUUCUUCCGCUUCGUUUAAAAAAAGAAUUUAUGAAUAGAUUGAUGCGGGCUGCAUGCUGUCCGGAAUUUUUUUUGUUCGUGCAGAACGAGCAAGUGAGUACCAGGACAAGCUGCAAUGCUGCAGUUAAAGACUUUUUUUAUAUCAAUCAGCCUUGCUAAGCCCAAGGCAGAAGAACAACUGUAUGACAUUUCGAAUACACUUCGGAACGAUAGGCACAAGUAGAAUCAUAAGCUAUGGGGCAAUACGAAGCGCAUCACAAGAAAGGGAAACUGAAGAAGAGUAAACCUUCGAGUUCAUAGCACACGGACUAGAAUGAAGCUGAUCAGCAUUUACACCGCCGGUGACGCCAUGGUGCUUUCAAACAAGUAAGGGGCUGUCUUCAAGCAACCACUUAUUUCUAGUAUCAAUGAUGUCGAUGUCCCUGGAGUCGUUUAUGUGCUCACUUCAAAGAAACACAAGAAGGUGCUUCGCAUACGUAUUUAUUUUUCGACCGAGAGCUACAUUGUAAUUGUAUCUUCAUCUGUUUCGCACUACCACCCCAUUUAAUACUAAGAGUUUCUUUAUUAGUACUCCGGUUGUGCCUCCAUUUAGAACGGACGGUGUCUACGACAAAUUUGUGCACAAUUUUCUUCUCCAAUUUGCAAAAAGGAAAAGAAGGAGAAGAGCACAAAGAAAACCAGACGACGUAAAAAAACGUCUUUGAAAAUUCAGAGGCAGAUGCUAUACCUAGACGCUCGUAUUCGAAUCUACCUCCGAUAAAAAUGCUAUCUGUGCAACACAACAGGUUGUGCGCUCACUGGAACGCACCGCAACAAAAUAGACUAUUUAUAGGUAGCAAAAAAAAUGAGAUCCAAGACAAGCGCAUUAUGCUCACGCGACCGGAAAUAGUCAAAUAGGUGCAGCUAGUAAGACCGGAACCCGACCAAAUAAAACACCAGUGGAAAAAUUCAACUACAACGGUCAUGAAAGCUGAAUCGGUUUGAUGCGGCAACGACAAGUAUAAUGGCAAUCUUAUCUCGCUGCAGGUUCACGGAAGGUAACAAAAGCAACAGUCAAUACAAACCGGAA